AUAAUGUGCCCAUGGGGUGUCGUAUGCCAGUAGUUUUGCUAUAAAUACGGUGGACUCUCCUUGGUCAGACAUUCACCAUCAUCAUGAGGGGAAUCAUCCUAGCACUAGUGCUCGCACUAGCGGGUGCCAGGCCAGGCCCCGAACUGUAUUUAGAUCCUACAUUCAGCCAGAGCAAAGUCACUUUGUACGACUAUGAGGCUGUUACCUUGACCGGACUUCCUGGAAAUGAAUUUGUCAAAGCUGGAAUUAAUAUUGACUGCAAGCUUCAGAUCAGCCCCUAUGCCCAGAGGACAUAUCUAUUAAAGGUCCAGUCUCUGUCCAUAAAAGAAAUCAAUGGUGCAUGGCCUAAAGACCCGUUCACUCGCUCCUCUAAGUUGACCCAGGCUGCUGCCGAGCAGCUCACCAAACCCAUCAAGUUUGAGUACCACAAUGGAAGAAUCGGAAAUGUUUAUGCUUCUAACGAUGUUUCCAGAACCGUGGUCAACUUGAUUAAAGGAAUACUCAGCUUGUUCAAUGUCAACAUCAAGAAGUCCCAGAAUGUGUACGACCUGCAAGAGAGAAGCAUUGGCGGUGUUUGCCACACAAGAUAUGUGAUCCAAGAAGACAAGAGAGGAGAUCAACUGAGUGUCGUGAAGUCCAUUGAUUUCAAUAACUGUGAAGACAAAGUAGCCAAGUAUAUUGGAAUGGAGUUCUUGGAACACUGUUCAACAUGCAACAAGAUUCACAAGAAUUUGCGUAAUGCUGCAACUUUCACCUACAAGAUGAAGAACAGGGAUCACAAUACUAUUAUCACUGACGUCACCUCUGAGCAGGUCAUCCUCUAUGCUCCAUUCCUGGAACAUAACAGUGGUGCCGUAAUGGAAGCCAAGCAAAUUCUUACCUUUACUGGAACCAAGAGCAGCCAAAUGAAUUCCCCUCAACUUGAACUCCAGGAUCGUGGAAAUCUCCAAUAUAAAUUCGAUGAUGAGCUUCACACAAUUCCAUUUGUUCUCAUACAGACCAAGAGCAUUGAAGCACAGAUCGUAGAAACUCUUCAGCAUUUAGUACAGAACAUCCAACAGAAAAUCCCUAAGGAUGUAUCUGAUAAGUUCAUCAAGCUGGUGCAGCUUUUGCGUCAUGCAACCCACGACAUCUUGCAGACCAUUUGGAAGCAGUUUGAUGAAAAGUCAAGAUACAGAUCCUGGAUCCUCCAAGCCCUUCCUAUGACCAGAACAGCAGACAGCCUGAAGAUAAUCUACCAAAUUAUUCACAACGGAGACCUGACAAAUGCAGAAGCCCUCAGAUUGCUUCCCAUCGCAUUGCACUAUACCAGAGGCAGCCAGCAGGCAUUGCAGAUCGCUCAAGAUAUAAUCAGAGACUCCAAAGUUGAUAAAAACCCAGCAUUGUUCAAAGUCGCCAUGCUUGGAUAUGGUUCAAUGGUGAAGAAAUACUGUGACCGUCUCAGUACUUGCCCUGAAUCAGUUCUGGAUCCUAUCAAUGAUUUGGCAGCUCAAGCCCUGAGCAAGGCCCAUGAAGAAGACAUGACUCUGGCACUCAAAGCCCUGGGUAAUGCUGCCCAGUCUGAAUGCAUCAAACGGAUACAGAAAUUCUUGCCAGGAUUUUCUUCCAGUGCUCAUCAACUUCCAGUCAGGGUUCAGGUUGACGCUGUCAUGGCUUUGAGGAAUACUGCUAAGAAGGACACCCAUAGAGUUCAAGAGACUUUAAUGAAUGUCUACAUGGAUCCUGAUAUACGGAGUGAAGUGAGAAUGGUUUCUUCUUUGGCCUUAUUUGAGACAAAACCCAACCUUGCUAUGGUUACCAAUAUGGCCAAUGUGGCCGUUAGAGCGAUCAAAGAUGACCUUCAGUUUGCCAGUUUUAUCUACUCUCAACUCAAAGCUUUGGCCCAAAGCAGCAUACCUCAACUGGAGCCAGUGGCUGCUGCUGCCAGUGUUGCUCUGAAACUGUUCAACCCAAGCAUUGAUAGUCUGGGAUAUGGCCACAGCAAGGUCGUCCGUAUGGACUCCUACAAAUACCCUUUAAUGAGUGGAGCCGCCGCCGAGGUCAACAUCAUGAAUAGUGCCAACACCAUGUUCCCAGUGUUCAUUUUGGCCAAAGUUAGAGCCCAAGUAGCUGAUGCCGUGAGCGACGUUAUAGAGGUUGGUAUCAGAGGAGAAGGAAUGGAACAGAUAUUGAGAAAGCAAGACAUCCAGUUCCGCGAUUUCCCAAUGAGGAAGAAGAUCAACCAGAUCAUGAAAAUGCUGAAAGGAUUCAAAUCUCAGCCAUCUCAGACUCCACUUAUGUCUGCAUAUGUAAAAGUCUCUGGCCAGGAACUUUCCUUCACUGAAAUGAACAAAGACACCAUUCAAACUUUCACCCAGGCACUAAAUGAGCCAGCAGACAGACAUGCUGCAGUCAAGAGAUUCGCUAACCAGCUUCUGAAUGGAGUGGCUGGACAAUACGCCUGGGCAAUUAUGGCAUCUGAAUCUCGUCGUAUCACCCCAACUACUGUUGGCUUGCCAAUGGAGAUCAGUGUGUACUCUGCUGCUGUGGCCAAUGCCCCCUUGAACAUUGAUGUGAAGAUGAACCCAGCUUACACACCAGACUUCAGUAUUGCUCAGUUGCUGGAAUCUCAGUUACAGAUCAAUGCAGAUGUCAACCCAAGCUUGUUAAUUCAUGGUGUAUCAACUGUGGGAAUCAACACCCCCUUUAUCCAGAGCGGAAUUGAAUUUCAUGCCAAGGCACAUGCAAACAUCCCUGGAAAAUUCAUGGCCCGCAUAGAUAUGAAAGAAAGAAACAUUAAGUUUGAAGCACAACCCUGUCAACAGGAGAAUGACUUACUUCACAUAAGUGCACAGACAUAUGCUGUCUCAAGAAAUGUUAUGUAUUUGGAUGCUGUUAAGAAGACACCACUUGUGCCAAAAGCAGCCAGCCAAAGUAUCCUCCAGAAACACUUUGAGUCCAAAGGCAGAGCUUCGGCUGAAGGAGCCAGUAUGAUGGAGGCCUCCUCAGAAAUCGGAUCCAAGAAAUAUGUGGGUCUUGCAAAUGUACAUUACACCCAGGUGUUCAAACCCUGCAUAAAAAUCUCACAUAUUCCCAUCCAAGUUUGUUUUAACAUGUACUCUCGCAGUGCUGCAGCACGCAAAGAUUCAAUCUUCUAUCGAGCGGUGGGAAAUCAUGAUAUCAGGGUCACAAUGAAACCAGCUCACACUGAUGCCGCAAUUGAAAAAAUCCAAGUUGAGGUAACAGCCGGACCCAGGGCGGCCUCGAAGAUAAUUGCCCUGGUUGAGGUAGAGGAGAAUGAAGGUGAAAAACUUGAGGAAUCUGAGAUCCAAAAGAGACUGAAGGCCGUCCUUGGCAUUGAGGACAUUGCAGCCAGGAAUGAAAGUCUGGCCCAACGCAACAAAAAGCAAAAACCGAAAAAACAGCGUAAAACAAUAGCUGCAGAUGGUACAGAGACUUUGGCCCGUGCAUUAUCAUCCUCUAGCUCUUCAUCUUCUUCCUCUUCAUCCUCUUCUUCCUCUUCAUCUUCGUCAUCAUCAGCACCUGGUCAAAGAGCUAAAAGCAGACAACAUGGUCAGAAACAGCAAAGCUCUAGCAGUCUGACAAGCAGCAGCAGUAGUAGAAGCAGCAGCAGAAACAGGAGACAGAAACAAGCACCAUGGGAUGCAGCAGCUCAAACAAACAGAGGCCAUAAUAAGAGAAGCAGCUCUGGCAGCAGCAGCAGCAGCAGUUCCAGCAGCAGCAGUUCCAGCAGUCCCAGCAGUAGCAGUAGCAGCAGAGGCAGCAGACAAGGAAGACAUAAUAGACCAAGCAGCAGUAGUAGCAGCAGCAGUAGUAGUAGCAGCAGUAGCAGCAGCAGCAGUAGCAGCAGCAGCAGCAGCAGUAGCUCUCUGAGGAACAGCAAGAAUAGGCAACAGCAACGUGAACAAGCAAAACAACAUCAACAUGGAGACAGGCGCAGAAGCAGCAGCAGCAGUAGUAGCAGCAGCAGCAGCAGCAGUAGCAGCAGCAGCAGCAGCCAAUCCUCUAGAAACUGGAGACACAGAGAAUUUUAUAACCUUCGCUUUAGACCAGUACGGACACAAAGACAUGGCAGCAAACAACAGUACUCCUCUUCAUCUUCAAGCUCCUCAUCUUCAAGCAGCAGCAGUGCUCCCAGGCAUACUCGCCAGGGCAAAUUUAUGGGUGACAACAAACCCCCGGCAUUGGUCGCCACCGUGCGUGCGGUCAGAAAUGACAAAACCCAUCAAGGAUACCAGAUGAUCAUCUACGCAGACUAUUCUGUCUCCAGACCUCGUCUCCAGGCCUACAUUGUAGAUUUCACUAAGACGAGCAGGUGGAGAGCUUGUCUCAAUGCUGAAGUUGUGAGCUCUCAUGAAGCCACGGCCAGCCUCAAGUGGGGACAGAACUGUCAGGAUUACAAGAUUGCAACCAAAGCUCAAACUGGACACCUGGGUAACCAACCUGCAGUAAAGGUGACUGUUCAAUGGCCAAAAGUACCAUCCAAACUGAAGUAUGCUGCCUCAUACGUUUCAGAAUUUGUACCAGGAGCUGCAUACAUGUUGGGAUUCUCUGAGAAAUACAAGAGGAAUGAUCAACGACAAGCAAAACUAAUCAUGUCCCUAAGUUCUCCAAGAAGAAUUGACAUGGCUCUCCAGCUCCCAAGGUUGACACUAUACGACAGAGCUCUCAGAAUACCUGUUCCAAUCCCAGUUCGUCACGUUUCUCAAAGUGAAAUUCAACAAGCUCCAACCUGGAACAUAUUCGCCGAAGCUCCUCAAAUGUUCCUGGAGUCUUUGCAAGGUGAAUGUAAGGUUUCUGAAAACCGUCUUACAACCUUUAAUGGUAUUGACCUUGCUUAUGACAUGCCUGAAAACUGCUAUCACAUUCUGGCCCAUGAUUGCACCGAUGAGAUGAAAUUCAUGGUGAUGGUGAAGAAAUCCAAACACGACCCAAAAAACAAAGACAUUAACAUUAAAGUUGGCCAAUAUGACAUUUCCAUGUCCUACAAGUCUGGAUCACCGGAGAUGACCCUAAAUGGAGUUGUCUUGUCGGAAAGCCAACUUCCAUACAAAUCAAUUGCCGAACCAGUUGUGGAGAUUCUGAAGACAGAAAAUGGUUUGUCCGUCUUGGCACCAGAAUAUGGCAUUGAGAAGAUCAACUAUGAUGGACUGAGUGUUCAGGUGAUCCCAGCUGUCUGGAUGAAGGGCAAGAUCUGCGGUGCAUGUGGUCGCAAUGAUGGUGAGUCACUACAAGAGUUCCAUAGGCCCGAUGGUUCCGUAGCCAAGGAUGAAAUGAGCCAUGUUCACUCGUGGAUUCUUCCUGCCCAGACUUGCGCUGAAGGUUGCAAUGUUCAACAGUCACUUGUGAAACUUGAGAAGGAUAUUGAUGGUGAAAAAUCCAAGUGUUAUUCAGUUCACCCCGUUUUAAGAUGCGCCAAAGGAUGUUCCCCAGUUAAGACAGCUGAAGUAACUACUGGUUUCCAUUGUCUGCCUUCUGGAGCAACUCUUAACCUGGAUGAAGGACAAGUAAGCCUGGACAAAUCUGAAGACUUCACCGAACUUGUUGAAGCGCACACAUCAUGUUCAUGUGAAAACUCAACCUGCUCAUCUUAAUCCAGUGUCCCAACAGCACUUUUUCUCUGGAAGAUAUGUUAAUUCCCUGUAUAAUCUGUGUACCCCACAGAGAGAUAUGAUUUUCACUUCAGGGUAACCCCAAAAAAUAAUCUAGACUUUGUAAUGUAUUUCAUUCCCAAUAAAAGUUUGCAUUCAAAAAUAA